GCCUUCGCGGGUUCGCGCCGUGCGGUCGCGUCCAUUCAUUCGCGAGUUCCAUUCUUGAAAACCUGUGUUGUGGUGGAUUGUGUUUGUGAAGUUUUGUGUAUAUCGAUGAAACAUAUACCUCAGGAUGUAAAUGACGCCAGAAUGUAUAUGUGAACAUCAUGAAAUGUACGUGUUCCCGUGUGAAGUGCCUCUAGGAAUGGUAGACUCGUAGUGAAGUGUCAAGUGACCAUGGGGAUGGACCAGGAGAGAGACGACGAGAGAGGAUUGUCACCCUCGGCCCUAGCCAAGCUACGAGGUAUCCUGGUGUCGUCGCUAAGCAGGGAGAACCUCUCCCCCGUGGACCUGUCGGGCUCCGCCCUCGACGAGGAUAUACCUCUGGCACCGGCACGUCGCCGCCGCAAGGUGCACUUCUCGGAGAGCAAGAGUGUGGACUGCCUAGAGCGAGCGGGAGCAGCCCCCGACGCCCAAAGAAACUCACGUCCACCCUCAGCCAAACAAGGGGGGAGUUUGCACUGGUUUGCCCAUGGUGCUGACGAGCCUGUCUUGGUGAACAAACAUUCAGGCAAUACCUGGCUUCCAGAUGACACAGUUUCCCAAGUCUAUGAUGGUAGUCUUCCCCUAAACCAAGGCAAAGAAAACGCAGCAAGCCAACGAGACAGGGAAGAAAGGUUGCGAAUUCUUAAAGAGAAACAAAAUGAAGAACGACAAAGGAAACUGGAUGAGCUCAAACAACAGGCGCUGGCUGCUCAGAAGUUCCGAGAGCAGAAGGAGGAAGAGCGCCGGCGCAGGAUGGAGGAGUUGCGGCUGCGAGACACUGACCGCAGACAUCAGGUGGAGGAGCGGAAACGGCAAAUCUGGGAGGCGGAGAGAGACAGACGCGAGGCCAUACUCAGGAAAAACCAGGAGCGAGAGAUCCGAAUGGAGACCAAGAGGCGGAACGAGCGCAGUUCCAUCGUGUUUGCGUUCGGCAGCUCCACACCGAGGAUGCUAGAGCCGGCAGACACGGGAGGAUCCUAUUGGGCGACUAGGAGGGCGACAUCAACCAGCAAUGUGAUGAUGCUGUCCAUGUCAGCCGCCCCUGGACCACUCACCAGGAGGAGUUCCGAGCGCGAACUCGACGGAAGCAAGAAGAGAGCGACGAGCGCUGGAGGCAUCAAUCGAGCCAAGCAGCCAGAUGGCUGGCGCACCAGUAUAUAUGAUGUAUUUCAGUGGGACAACACCCAAAACACCCAUCUCCCUUCCCAUAAUCCCCCGUUUGGGGAGGAGGACCGAGAGGAAAGAGAAGUACCAGACAGCGGCACCGUCACGCCCGUCCCUCCAGCUGGCACACCGUCCUCGCGCGCCAACCGACGCAGGACAGAUCUGAUGCCGACCAUGCCCAGCCCACGCGACCGGCCGUACUCUGCGCGAUCACCAGGUAGAGCGUUCUCCAUGUCGCGACUAGACAUACUAGCCCAGCCGAGGCGACCUAAGCCGAAGGAGCCGUCCGGUCCAGCCACCGACCCUUCACUGUCACGCUCAAUGUCGCAUCUAGCGCACCGCCCAUUGCAGCGCAAAGACACGUCGCGCAGCAUGGUGCAACUGCACGCCCCCGUGCCCCCGCCGCGCGCCACACGGGCUGAGCGUCUCAGACGUAAGGCGCGCGAGUCUGCGGGUGGCCGGGCGGAGAGUAUGCCUACGUCUCCAGGCGUGAGGUCGGGUGACGUGACCCCCUCACGACCCACUAGCUCGCUGAGCAUGAGCAGCGGGGCCGCCAUGUCAAUGUCCAGCAGUGUGCACGCUGCGUUCAAACCUCGUCCUACACCCCCCGCCAGGCGCCCUCGUCCCUUCAGCAUCGCUGUCACAGGCGUCACCAGCGAGAACAGCACGGCCGCCUCUACGCCUACGCGACAUAGUUUAAGUGCAGAACAUCGUGCGGCCAAGUCGCCGGCUCCGGCCCCAGACAAGGACAAGCCACCCCUGCCAAAGGUCCAUGUGACAAAGAAGCCAUCCACCCCCAAACAGCCCAUAGAGGCUUUAAAGAAACCCACUGACAAAGUCAAAUCCACCAAGAGUUCCGCAAGCCCGACUCCGAAAGCCACUCCGUUACAAUCGCCCGGAGUGGAGACUGCAGAGACGACGGUGAAGACGACGGUCACUGCUACGGAGACGGUUACAGUCAACGGCGACCAUGUGACGACCGAGACUGUGAGUGUGACGGUGUCUAGUGUGGAAGUGCCCGAGACGCAGACAAAGCCACAGGAAGUGAGGCAAGAGGUUGUGUCGCAGCCGCAAGAGACAGUGAAGCAAGAAGUCACCAAAGAACAGCUGGAACCUGCUACUAACUUGGCAGAGUGUGAUAUGACAGCAUCAAUGCUGGCCAAGACACGCAUCACCACGGAGGAGGAGGCCAAGGCUGCCUUGGCGGAGAAGAGACGACUGGCUCGGGAACAGGCCGAGCGAGAGGCUGAACUGGAGCGGCAAAGACUUGAAGCCGAGAGGCUAGCGGAGGAGCAGAGACUGAGGGAAGAAGAAGAAGAACAGCGGAGAAUGGAGGAAGAGCAACUUCGGCUGUUGGAGGAGGCGAGACAGGCGGAACAAGAACGGCUGAGGAAAGCUAUUGAGGAGAAGCAAAAAAGAGAAGAGGAAGAAAGGUUACAAAGAGAAGAAGAGGAGAGGCAAAAGCGAGAAAAAGAAGAAGCGGAAAGGAAAGCGAGAGAGGAGGCUGAGAGGCAACGACAAGAAAUGGAAAUUCGGUUAAAAAAAGAAGAAGAAGACAGAUUAUUGAGACGGAAGCGAGUAGAAGUUAUUAUGGCACGAACCAGGAAAGCCACGUCUGCCAACAAUACUCCUACAAAGGAGGACGGAGACGACAGUCCAGGUGAGGAGCCGCGUAAAGUCAACGACCAGGAGCAGUUUCUUCACUCGGAGCGAAGUCACUCCGCCGCAAACUCCACAAACUCCACAAACCAGAACGGACACCAGAAUGGUGUUGACAAUGUAGUGGAACAGAAGAACGUAACCAAUAACCUGCUAGACUUGAGUAUAGAAGGGGACGGGUUGGGAGUGAGUCCUCUGCCUCAGCCAAUCACAGAGCAGAUUCUCACCCCCUCCACCAACACGGCGACCGCCACCAACGGUAAACUGGUGAACGAGGACAGUGUCAACUUCAACACCAGUUCUACCAACCCCUUCAUCGCCGCCUUCCAGGAAACCAAGAAACAGGACACUGUUAAUGAUCUACUGUCGUAAGCUGUGCUGUCGUCGUAAUUAAAUGAACUAUUUAAAUGUAAAAUAAUAUAAAGAAUCCGUGCUGUAUUAUCUAUAUUGAAUGAUUUAACUGUUUCGAAAGAUAGGAGUGCAUGGUGUAAAUACGAGAAUUUUGGGUUACGAUACUAACGAUUGUCAUAGGUUUGCGAAUAUCUACGUUACGUGUUAUCUAUUGUAUAAGAAACUGUUUUUCAUGAUGGUUUUUAGCUGUAUGUUUAUAUAUCAUGAAAUGGUUCAUAUUUGUAUUUUUGUAGAUUCUUUGCUUGUUGAUGAUUAUAAAUUAUGUUGUGCAAAUAUUUAUUGAAUCAUGUGGAAUAGUUUUAAAUUUAUUUUCAUUCGAUAAUUGUCACUUAACAAUAUUGUUGCGACUACUAGUUAUUGUUUGUUAAAUUAAGUUUCUAUGAGAAUGCAAAAUCAAUAUCUAUGUGCUCGAAUACGAUUUUUCCGAUUGUAAAUAGUCUACCGAAUAUCCGAACGUUCUCUGUACCCCGCGACUAGAACAUUGUAUAAACUAACCGAAGCUGUUUCUGAUUAUUUUGUUACUGUAGUCCUUCGCUUGAAUGUUAUAUAAGGUGCACCUGCUGUUGCAGUAGACGAAGUGUAAGAUACUAGUGUGAUGUAUAUUGGAGCAGUCUGCGUACUGUUCAUUGUUAUUUUUAUCAUUAACAUAUUUUUUUAACUAAUCAUGUUUUAUAGUUUCAAUUUUUAAAUUAGAUUGUUAUUAAAGGAUUCACAAAUAUUUAACACUCGGAAAGCAUUAUCAGUUACAGUGCAAUUGUAAUUCGAUCUCCGGUAUCACAAACGCAAUAUUUAAUUGUAGUCGGAAAUACUACUUCAAUAAUUAUUGACUGCAUCGCUUUAAUUACUUUAAUUUUAGAGUAAUCGUGUAAUAUAUUUAGAUUGAUUAUGGCCUUAAAUGUUUUAUCUAUUUAUUUUGGAUCAUCGAUGCAAUCGCUGUUUGAAUACUAUUUUUACAAUCACUUAACUUGCUGUGGGAGAGUGAGGACGAGCACUUGCCUAGUCAAGCGGACGACGCAGCAGCUCACAAGUGCUCCAAGUGCUCUGUACCCAACUAACACUACGUACCAUUAAAUACAUCAAUCAAUUAUC